CGGUCUCCCCUGCAGGGGGCACCAUUGUCCCAUUACCGCUGCACCACAGAAGAAGUAGCCCAGUUGCUUCGUGCCUGUGACGAUGGCGGUCGUCUUGAGGGGAAGUUUAGUAACGUUGUUCAAGAGCCUGGUCGGUUCCAGGUGUCCACAGUUGGCCUCUCGUCCACUGAGUGUAUCUGCUGGUCUCUGUAGUCCAGAAACACCACCCGCCCGUGCUGAUGCUACCUUUAAAGUCACAAUGGUGCCAGGGGAUGGAGUAGGACCUGAACUAAUGACUGCUGUAAAGGAGGUUUUUAAGGCAGGUGAUGUCCCAGUAGAAUUUGAGGAAUUCCACAUGAGUGAAGUGCAGAACAUGGCCAGCAAGGAAAAACUGGAACAAGUGUUGACCUCUAUGAAGAGCAACAAAGUUGCCAUUAAAGGAAAGAUUCACACACCCAUGGAAUUCAAAGGCGAGCUGGCUUCAUAUGAGAUGAGAUUAAGGCGCAAGCUGGACCUGUUUGCUAAUGUAGUUCAUGUAAACAGCCUGCCAGGCUACAGCACUCGUCACAACAACCUGGACCUAGUCAUCAUCCGUGAACAGACUGAGGGGGAGUACAGCUCCCUAGAGCAUGAGAGUGUAACAGGUGUGAUCGAAUGUCUGAAGAUCAUCACCAGAGAGAAGUCACGCCGCAUCGCCAAGUUUGCCUUUGACUAUGCUACCAAGAAAGGGCGAAACAAGGUCACUGCUGUUCACAAAGCUAACAUCAUGAAACUCGGUGAUGGCCUGUUUCUGCAGAGCUGUGCAGAGGUGGCACAGCUGUACCCCAAAAUCAAAUAUGAGAACAUCAUCAUUGAUAACUGUUGUAUGCAGCUGGUGCAAAACCCUUACCAGUUUGACGUGCUGGUGAUGCCCAACCUAUACGGUAACAUUAUUGACAACCUAGCAGCAGGGUUGGUUGGAGGAGCAGGAGUUGUUCCUGGGGAAAGCUACAGUGCAGAAUAUGCUGUUUUUGAGACUGGUGCACGCCACCCAUUUGCACAAGCUGUUGGAAGGAACAUUGCAAACCCCACAGCCAUGCUGCUCAGUGCUGCUAACAUGCUCAGGCACCUCAAUCUGGAAUACCAUUCUCAAAUGGUGUCAGAUGCUGUCAAGAGGGUCAUAAAACAGGGCAAGGUACGGACACGAGACCUUGGCGGAUACUGUACCACUACCGAUUUUGUGCAUGCUGUUGUGGAAAACCUGCGUCACCGACCCAUUUGCUAAGAUAUUUCAUCAUAGUCCUCGCUGACUGACUCCUUUUUCCCUAAAUCUGGACGACGUUCUUAACAUGGUCUGGAUGCAUGUUAAGACACCCUCCCCACCCACCCACCCACCCCAAAUGCCAGCUCACUGAGAGCUGUGCUACACAUUUCUGACAUAAGUUGCAUCAUAAUGACAUUGGUUGUGCUGGCUUGCUUGUAGAUCCACUUCCGUUAAGCUUUGACAUCUGUUGAUUUGGGAUUAAAAAGUAUACCUCAUGAGGUUUUGCAUCACACAGCUAGACCUCCUGUUUCCUGUAUUCAUGCAGUCUCCUCUGCCCUCAGUCUUUUGUCCAUUCCUUUGCAUCUUUUUGUUUUUGGAGUUUUGAGCUGAUGAGUUCAUAAAGACGAUUUCUUCGCACAUUGUUUUUUUUUUUUUUUUUUUUUUUUUUUUAUCAACUUUUAUUAUUAAAUGUUUCUUCCUGUCCCAUCAGUCUCGUAUUUCAUUGGAAAUUUGCUGUAAAGCCACCAGAGUCUUUUAAAAAGUUCGUAUCACCUUUACUCUGAAUUGGUCUAAAAACUGUAACUAUAACGCAGUAACAGUAUAACGCUGCUACAAAUUACUGCACAUUUAAAUAAAACUGUAAUUUCAUUAUUGCAGCACUAUAAAUUCAACUAUUGGUGCUGGGAUCUCCUGUUCACUGUAACCUGGUGUAAUUAAAAACAUAAUUGGCAGCUGUUGGGGGAAACUGAUAUGAAAGAUCAGUAUCUUUGUGCACCAAAAAAAUUUUAAUGGCAGCAUUAGCUUGCAUUAGCCAUUCACAAUCAAAGUCACCAUAGUUGUAGCAUGUAGUUUGUUAAAAAGAGUUAUUUAAGGACAUAGCAGAGGAAUUUGUUACAUGAUUUUACAGAGAUCAGCCAUAACAUUAAAAACAUUAAUAUUAUUUGGAUCCUUACUGUGGUGCUGCUCCAAGCGCUGACCAUCAGGCUGUGGAUAUGGGACCUGUCCUGUGGUGUCUGACUUGGAUGCUCACAAAGGUUCCUUUGAUUUGUUUUGGUGUGAUGCAGUGUAGUCAGGGAGAGGCUGCUGCUGUCAGGGAGUGUUGUCACCUUGGAAGGGUGUGUCUCUUCUGUAAAAAUGUUGGUGGGAAGCAACAAAGAAAACCUCCCGACGAAUGCCCUCACAGCACACUGAUCAAUGUUAUUUACAUUUUAAUUGGUUUUGAUGUUUUGGCUGAUUGCUGUAUGGGGUUUCCUGGUUUAGUCUUCUUUCUUUUUUUUCUUUUUUUCCCCACCAUAAAGUCGGCACAGUUAUAACUGCUACACUAAGGUUCAAUCAUCCAGUCCAUCUCGCUUUUGGUACCAUUUUGCAUCAAUUUGAAAUGGAAGCUUGCUCACCAAAAAUAAAUAAAAAAAAUACUUCUUCUUAACAGUGUUUGUGUGUUGACCUUUGACCCAAGUUCCCCAGUAAACGCAAUAUCAUGUGCCUUUAGCCAGCAUUUAAAUUUAAAUAUUUCAACAAACCAAGAGUUUCACUCAUACUGAACAACAACAACGUAAUCUUUCCUGCAUCAUUAAAAUACACUGAAAUGCUGAAUAUGGUCAUUUGAUGUGUUUUAAAUCCAAACCUUGACUGGUACUAGAAAUAAUGUGGGGCUAGAGAAAGAGAGGAAAGUUCAACUGAUGUUUUUUUUUUUCUUUUCAUAUCAUCAUUCACACUGUGUUCAUUCUGUGAGUACUGCUUUCAAAGGCUCUCUAACAUGCUGACCGUGAUAUAGAAUGUGGACAUGUGUUUCUGCAGCUGUGCAUAUAAUAACGUGCUGUCCUUAUGUUUGCAACAGGUGCGCACUGCAGAUCUGGGGGGCUAUGCAACAAGCGACGAGUUCACCCGUGCUGUCAUUGCUAACCUGUCGGUCUGAGCUUUAUAUUUGCAGAUCUGUCAGCUGCUGAAUCGCACACAUUUUUAAUUAACUUCUUGUCUUACACGCUUGUACGCACAGUACAGCCCUAUCCCCCUACAUUCUACACGCAGUGCCCUUCUUAUCAGAGCAAAAUGCAAAUGAAACACAUUGUCCACAAUGUUUUAUUUUUGCUGUUUUAAAGUUGAUAUUUAAACACUUAACUUUGCAUCCAAUUUAAAAAAAAGUGGAUUGGUAAUAUUUUUUCUUUUUUUUCUUUUUUAAUUGGUGCAAAGCUUAUAAUGCUGUUACACUAUUUCACACCACUUCCUGACAUUCUACUGCCUUGCAUGAUACUCAAAUUUCUACUUAAUGAUUUUAUGUGUAGACAUUAACCAGAAGUCAAAACACAACGUAUGUAUAUUUCAAUAUUAUUUAACCCUGAGUUUUAACUUAAUGCUUCUUCAUUUAUGAUAUAUGAAUAAUAAAUAAGAAAUGGAAUAUGA